GCCUCCACACUCCAGCAGAGACAUCCAUUGAACAGAAGCAUCCCACCCAAACAUCCAGGUUUGUUUUAAGCUAGGGCGGCUAAACUACACUCCCCCUCCCACAUUCCCCACAUAUAAUCCAGGGAGCCUCGCAGAACACAAAGGGAAACAUCCAGUUAUUCACUGUAACCAAUUUCAUGGCAAUAAGGCUUGGCAACCUUCCUUCAUACUGAACAAAACCCCCCACAUCCUGGCAGACCAAAGACAGGGGUCAUCUGGAAGCUGUCUUGGAAGGGAGCUGAAGGACUGUCACAGGUGGAGAGGGUGCUGUGUGUCUGGCUCCUGCAGUAGGGGUGGUGUCUGAAGGGCGAAGCUGUCCUGUGUCUUUGAUACCGAAGUCCCUCCAGUCCUUGCCUCACUGGGGAAGGCUGCUGCUGUCGCUGAACUGGAUACAGUUUGCAGACCCUUCGUUUGCUGGAAGACUAUAGAUAAGGAUCAGCGUUGUAACAGAUAAGAAGAUACUUCAAGGAGCUCCCUGAGAUCUCUCCUGUUACCUUGUUGUGAAAUCAACAGCACAUUUUUCCAAGUGGCCUAAAAAUUGAGUGGAAGUAAUAACCAAAUGACGCUGCCAAUAAUGUGACCAAUCUACAAUAUAAACUACAACCAGUGUAAAAAAAAAAAUAUCUCCCGUUUUGCUGAAAUCGGUUUCUGUCAAGAUGCCAGCAAAAACCCCAAUUUAUCUGAAAGCCGGAAACAACAAGAGAGGUAAAAAAUUCAAACUAAGGGAUAUAUUGUCACCUGACUUGAUAAGCCCACCUCUUGGAGAUUUUCGGCACACUAUACAUAUUGGAAAAGAUGGACAACAUGAUGUAUUUGGUGAUAUCUCCUUUCUUCAAGGGAACUAUGAAUUGUUGCCUGGCCACCAAGGGAAACCUAAAAAUCCCCAUUUUGGUGGACACAAUGAUUUUUUGAGGGCAAACAGCACUUGUGACUCAAUGUUCUCAGAAACCUCUUCACCUGUUCUUAAAAAUGCCAUCUCUCUACCUACAAUCGGUGGAUCUCAAGCUCUGGUCUUGCCCUUGUUAUCCACAGUGUCAUUUAAUUCCAAAAGGGACUCAUUCAGCCCUUCCAAGUCAUCCAGGCUUAGUUGUGAGCCUGUGUUAGAAGAAAAACUACUGGAGAAAUGUCAGCCGUAUGGAAAUGAGCACCUAUAUGACAGUGAAAGCUCAUGGAAAAUCAGUGGUUCGGCGUCAUGUUCCACAAAUGGAAGAUCAAGCCAUUCUUCCAGUCUUUCAGAACAAUACAAUGAUUGGCAAGGCCUUGACUUAUUUGAAGACAGCCAUAUCCCAUGUGACAUAGAAAGCACAGACCUAAAACCAGAAGAAUCUCUUUCCGACCUGGCUGGUUCCCUCUUAACCCUGCAGCUUGACUUGGGUCCUUCUCUUUUGGAUGAGGUUCUUCAUGUUAUGGACAAAGAUAAGGACUAAAUAAAUUGGCCGUCACAGUUCUCACAACAUGGUACAGACAUAACAAUACAUAAACAUACCAGGCAGCCAGAAUUGGUUUUCUAGUCUUUUUCAAAUUCAUAGAUACUACUACACAGCAUGUUACUAUUUCUUGUACAUUACAAUACAUGUAAUGUAAUGUCAAAUCCCUUUGUUUUAGUUGCAAGAUAUUUUGCACAGAAUAAUUCUUUAAUUAUUUCAAUGUUCCUACUUUCCCAAUCAAAAUGAACUUACCAUCCUAUGAAGCAGAUGGUAACAUCCCUAAUAAAUAACAUGUUAAGUUGUGUUAGCAUAUGUCUUUCUUUGAUUGUAUUUUAUAGCGUGACAAGUUAUUGCUGUAUUUUAUUAGAUGCACAGGUGCCAAUUUCAUAAACUUUACAAUGUGUCAUAAAUCAUCCAUAUGGGUUUUAGAGUUCAGCUUAUAGGCUAGCAAAAAAUAGCAACGACCAUACCUAAAUUAUUUCUGUUCAACGAUCUUUUGUGCCUUUGUAUUUUUACAGCAAAGUUUGUAUUUUUUAGACCUCACAUUACUGUUUUCUUAUCGCUUGCAGAUUUUAUUGCAGGUUUUAUGUAUAUUUUUGUUAGUGUUUGGGAAGAAAACAUAUUCUAUGUAUUUUUUUUAAUCGCCUACCAGAUGCUUAACGCUUAUAUGUUUCAUUUGUAAAGAAAAUAAAAUAAAAGCACUGUUUUUUCACAUUUAAUAAAAUGGUAAAUGCUAAAUGAACUGUUUGUUUAAAACCUGGAUAUUUUAGAGUAAGUAUUUAUGGAUGUUUAGGAAAUGAAACAAACAAUUACAGUCUCUUUGCAAUACAGUAUAAAGCAAUUGUUUAGAUUUAGCCCUGCCACUUUAAAUACACAAUGAAAGCACUUGUAAUAUUGUUUGCAUUAUAGUUUUAAAUGCAAUUCCAGUAUGUUUAAGAAAUGUCAAGUCUAUAACAGAAAUAAAUUUACAAAACAAUAAA